AUGAUAAACUGUGCUCUUUCGCACAAAGACAAGUCGCUCGCAUGGCACACAUCAGAAGUCGACAUUCACUUGACUCAGGUGGUUAGGCGGGCUGAUCUUUCAAAUGAACGGACCUCUCCAUUACCCUAUUUCUUUAUGGCGACGUUUGUUCUUGCCCUCUUCCUUUGCUCAUCCUCCUAUCAGCGCCUUGCCUUAACGAAUCGUCUGUAUGCGAAGCUUGUUCUUCCCAAUCGGAUCAUCUGUCGUUUUUACCCAAACUGUUCCCGACUUGGCUGUCCUUUUUAUCAUCCGUCCUUCCCAACACCUUUGUCAACUUCCGGUGCCACUACCGCUGCCUCUACACUCGCUUCUCCGCCAGCCAGUGGCACAAGUCAAUCGCAAACCACUGCUGUGGUUACAAGCCGCCUCAAAUGGGUGGCGCCUGGAAAGACUGGUUCUGUUCAGCUUUCCAAGGUUGUGGAUACUGGCCAGAAUGCUCUCCGUGUAGAACAAUAA